AUGGAGUCUCAAUGGCCAGAGCCCUCAUUUGAAAGUAGCGAAUUCAAAGAUGUCUUCCAAUUUGCGCAAACAUUUGAAUUACACUGCGUGAAAGUCUACGAUUAUGCCUCGAUGUAUCCAGACGAAGCCGCCUCGGCGACGUACGUGAUGGACCUUGUCUCACAGGCCUACAGAGCAGUGCGCAGCUUGCAUAUGCAGAAAAUGGCGAACCGGUAUCUGGACCAGGACGCAGCAACUGCGUCGCUUCAGAGCAAGGCCAAGGAGUAUCGUCUGAGGCAGCAAUUACUACCUUCCGGUCAUACUGAGGCAGUCGCAUUAGCCGAGGUUUCUGUCGAAAAACAAAUUGAAGAUACCGUCAGAAAAGAUAUCGAGAACUUCUUCAGCGGUGAUCUCGAAGAUGACUCGGACGACUCCGACUGGAGUGAAUACUCUGAAGAGGACACAGACGACGAAUACUAUGAAUACAACGAGGAUUCUGAGUCGGAAGAAGAAGAUAUCAGAGGCAUGCGACGAACGCAAAGAGUGAGGACUAUUCAAGAAGUCCCAGAGGACGAUCUACCGGAAAUGAAUCAAUCACCACCGAUCAAUCUUGCAACAUCGAAUAGUGCAGACAACAGAACCGAGGACGCCACGUUCACACCCCCGAUCAUGUCUCCAGAGGAACAAGCCACCCAUGAUCGCAUCACGGCUGCUCUUCAGCGAAUCUCGGCGAAAUUUGAGGAGGCAGAUCCCGUGCCGCUGGCGCGCGUGCAGACUCGCACAAAAUUCCCAUUGCAACAGACUCCACCUGCAACGGACGAUUCUCAAAGUGAAGCAACCACAAUACGGCCAGAUUCGAACCGUGAUCCAUUGUCACCUCCGCAGACUGCGACUGAAAGCGGAUCCUCAGCACCCGGAACGACCCAUGUCGCACCCGUGGCUCUAGCGAUAGAGCCAAAGGCCAGCCUUGAUGGGGCUGGAGUGCAAGUUGCACAAGGUAGCCUCAGCCGGCGAGCGUCUGUCGCUGUACUUCCUCGGCGAAUCAAGACCGUUUGCCAUCGAUAUGUCCGCAGAGCCAUGUUGCCCAUCCGUGGAAGGGCCCAUUGA